AACGCCUAUUUGCGAGAGAGUGAUUUCUUCAUCUCUUUAAUUUCUAUCUAUAAAAUUUAUAGUUCUUUAUUUUCUCAUAGCAAUAAAACCUUGUUCAAAAAAAAACAAACAAACCAAUAAAACCCUUCAAUUUUUGUUCCCAUUAAUCCUUAGAUGGCUGUCAAGUCUCACAUAAUCUCAGGAUUUACCAUCCCAUUGAAACCCACUGCUUCUUCUUCAAGCUCCGGGAAUAGUAGCACCCUCUGUUUAGUUAAGAAACCACUCACUUCUUCCUUCUUCAAUGGCGGAGUAGCUUCCCUAAAACUUACAAGCUUAAGGAGUGUUCCUGGAAGAUCUCAUUGUUAUAGACAAAGAGGAGGUGCCCUUGGUACGCGCAUGAACCUUUUUGAUCGGUUUGCUAGAGUUGUUAAGUCGUAUGCAAAUGCACUCUUAAGUUCCUUUGAAGACCCAGAGAAAAUUUUAGACCAAGCUGUGCUUGAAAUGAAUGAUGACUUGGUAAAGAUGAGACAGGCCACAGCGCAAGUAUUAGCGUCUCAAAAACGGUUGGAAAAUAAGUACAAAGCUGCACAACAGGCUUCUGAAGAUUGGUACCGUAAAGCACAGCUGGCUCUGCAGAAAGGAGAAGAGGAUCUUGCACGUGAAGCCCUUAAGAGGCGUAAAUCUUUUGCUGAUAAUGCUAAUUCAUUGAAAGCUCAACUUGAUCAACAGCAAACUGUUGUUGAUAAUCUUGUCUCUAACACACGGCUUUUGGAGAGCAAGAUACAAGAGGCAAAGUCGAAGAAAGAGACUUUGAAAGCUCGUGCUCAAUCUGCAAAAACUGCAACUAAAGUCAAUGAGAUGGUGGGAAAUGUCAACACUGGCAGUGCUUUAGCAGCUUUUGAGAAGAUGGAAGAGAAAGUUUUGGCAAUGGAGUCUGAAGCAGAAGCCCUUGGGCAGUUAACCACUGAUGAUCUUGAAGGAAAGUUUGCAUUACUUGAGAGCACAUCAGUUGAUGAUGAUCUUGCAAAAAUGAAAAGGGAACUCUCUGGUAGCUCGCAGAAAGGAGAGCUUCCACCUGGAAGAACUGUUUCUGCUAGCAAUAAUACAGCAUUUCCUUAUCGAGAUUCUGAGAUUGAGAUGGAGCUCAAUGAACUGAGGCGAAAGGCAAAGGACUUCUAAGUUCCUGAUCUGGAUACCUGAAUGAUGGUAUUUUUAUUUCAUGAACAAAUCAAAACAGUUUUAUCAUAUUGAGCUAGAAUCCAAACAGAUCAUUUGUAUAGCUGCAGUCCAAACUCAAUGAACUAUAACCAGUUUUGGAUGGUUAUGUACAUACUUUUUAUGUAUUUAUCAUUGUCAUGUUGCCCUUAUAACCUAAUGCCCACCAGCGGCAAUGACCCAUGUUUUUGGACCAUGUAUUCAAUAGCUUGCUAAUGUACAAUACUACAAAUAGUCCAUGGCAAUUUAGCAUUUUAA